UAGAUAGUUCUGAUUUUGGAACAGCGUUCGCCUUGUGCGUUGCAGAUUUUAGCAUCUACUUGUUCGGGAAACUGUGUUUUGAUUGGAUUGCCGGGUCGUGGCCUCGCAAGUACGGACCGCAACGGAACGACGACGCAAGCAUGACCACUAGGCUGAAGGCAGCGACCCUUGCCGUACAGCCGCGGCCGCGUCUCUCUCUGCCCCGCCGGCGACGAGGCGUUCACAGGCGUUUUCUUGGUUUCGAGGAGGCACGCGAAUACGCGCGAUCACUAAAACUCAAUACGUGGCUCGACUGGGUGAAGUGGACCACAAGCGGCGCGCGUCCAUCUUCCAUUCCAUCGAGCCCACAACUCACGUAUCGCGAGCAUUGGCGAGGGGUAAAGGACUGGCUUGAAUCGACUAGAAUUGCGGGAUGGCGCAAGUCUUACCCAAGAGACUUCGACUCUCUACCCCGACAACGGUGCAAUGCCUGGAGCGUCCGCGAAGAGGGGAUCGCGAUUUUGCUGGACAAGAUUGAGAAGCUGCACCCAGAUGUCGAAGUGAUCCGGGCUCCCUUCAACUUGCAGGCGACGCUCUAUUUUCGAGUUCGAGACCGUAGUGAAGCGGAGCGAUUGCCGCGGCCGGAAUACCCACUGUCGAGUAACCUCCAGGGGGCGAAGUCGGAAACAAAGAGGUGGUUGCCUCUGCGCCUGUCGGUCGCUACGGCACCAACUUACCGUCAGAGGCGCAACGCUGCAUUCAUUUUCCAUCGCGUCAUUAUGUCGGAGUCUGUUCGUGACAGAGUACCAGUUCUCUCCCUCUAUCUGGCGCUACAGUGCGAGUUGAUGGGCGUCGAGUCCAACACUGCAACGACCUCUCAUAUCGACAUAAAGACACAAAGCCAAUGUCCGUCUGGUUCAGUUUACAUCCGGAAGCUUGACCUCCAUCCAGCGGCAGACAUCAUCAAAACUUUACCUGAUAUGUGGAGAGACCAUUCCAGCAAGGCGUGCGACUUCGCAGAGCUGACAGCAACACUAGGCGCACUCUCCAUCAAGGCUCGUGUCGCUUACCUUCUUCUCCGCCAGUUGGACGCGUUUCUCUACCGCAAGUGCGAUUGGGACCUGCAAGGAAGUUCAUUUUCCAAGUUUGGUUGCGGAUUAGAAAUAAACGGGAGAACUGUGAUUCAUCGCGUCUUGCAAAACAAGUGGGUUGGCGAGAAGCGUGACGUGCCUGCUUACCGGGUCGCGGUAACAAAAAAUGUUUCGUGCCCCACAAUCACAGGACGAACUCGCGCGGUUCCCCUCUGCGUUGAUGAGGCUCCAGAUUUCCUGGUCAUCUUUCAUCACAGCCACAACGAGCAGGAUGACAAAGACAAAACUACUGGACAGUCUGGAGGAGAACACGCGGAUGCAAGUGCAGCAGCUGCGGUGUGUAAUAUCGAGCUGAGGGGUGCCUGGCUGCUUCCGCGGUGCGAGCUCAAGUCCUGCCUUGCACGAAGAGGGGAUCUUUCUUCCGGACUCAUGAGUCUCUGCCUGUAUCCGCCUACUGUUUCACCACGACGCGAAUCGACACGAAAAUUGCAGGAACGGCAACUGGAAUUCUACCUAGAUUUUUCCACUUCGGAGAGUAAUGUAGCUGCAGUUUUGCGCGCGAAAGAAAUCUUUUCGCAAUACUGAUGUUGGAAUACUUCAUCUCCCUGUUUUAUUUUCCAGUAUCCAGCAGCAUCAAUGCGAUCGGCGAAUCCGAUAU